AGCUCUCACUCUCUCUCCCUGGGGGGAGUCUUAAGUCUACAGCUCGAUUACGGGUGGUGAUUGUUGCAAGUCAUUGCUGGAAUGGAGCAGCUUGGGUGGGGAAGGGAGGAGGGAGGGUGGAGGAAAGGGCCGUGGACGGCGCAGGAAGACAAGCUGCUGCUAGGCUAUGUCCGGCAGCAGGGGGAAGGGAGGUGGAAUUCUGUCGCCAAGCUCACAGGUCUGAAGAGAAGCGGGAAGAGCUGUAGGCUCCGGUGGGUGAAUUACCUGCGGCCUGACCUCAAGAGAGGCAAGAUCACGCCGCAGGAGGAGAACGUCAUACUCGAGCUCCACGCCUUGUGGGGAAACAGAUGGUCGACGAUUGCGCGUAGCCUCCCCGGCCGGACGGACAACGAGAUCAAGAACUACUGGCGGACGCACUUCAAGAAGGGCAAGCCGUCGUCCAAGAACAUCGAGCGCGCCAGGGCGCGCUUCCUCAAGCAGCGCCGCGAGAUCAUGCAGGGCCAGCACGAGCACCAGCACCAGCGCGGCGUCCAGGACGACGACGGUGCUGCCAGCGCGGACAACACCGGCGGUGGCGCGGCGAGCCAUCACGCAGAUGAAGCGACGACGCGGCCAGCGCCGCCGCCGGCGAAGGACGACGACCUCGCGAUGAUGCAGGAUAUGGCGGACAUAGACGACUUCCUGCAGUACCACCACCCCAUGUCGGCCUACUUCCUCCUCGACGGCGGCACCAGCGACGCGGGGUCCAGCGAGGAGAUCAACACCUGCGGCGCCACGUGGGGCAGCCUGUGGAACCUCGACGACGUAGACGUUGUAGAUGACGUCGGUGGUGGCGGCGCGUGCGGCUGGGGCAGCUUCGCUUUGCUCCAAGAUCAGGGACUCGCUUUCUACUAGCCUAGCAUAUAGCAUAUACAAUGGCAAAGCCUAUGCUGUGGAGGGUACACGUAGCGGCUAUGUACUACGUACGGUGUUGGUGGAUAAGGAUGCUGGAUGCGUCGCCAACUAUAGCCCCCACUUCGACUAGCCUGGCUGCCACGACCACGAUGGCAUGUCUGGCUCCUUUUAGAGCAACUUUGUAGGAAAAGAAAAUAAUCUAUAGUUUUUUAUUUCCUUUGGAAAGAUAGGCGAUGGAAGAAGGCUGAUGUUCAAAGGUGCACCCGGGCCAGCUACCUCAUGUAUUCUCUCCGUUACAUUUUACUCUGCGUCUAAGACGUUUUGUUAAAAAGGGAAUACUUGUUUCAUCUAAGCUAAUGUACUUCUGCCAUUA